GGAAGUGGAAGGGCUCGGCGCCGAGGCGGACGGAGAGCUGAGGGAGGGAGGAAGGAAGCCGCUGCCUCCCCAGCAAGUGCCGGGGUCGCCGCUCCUUCGCGGGUGCAUGUGACCGAGAGAGGCCGGCGGGUGUCUGAGGGGAGAAAGGCCCGUUUUCCGGGACGGCGCGCCGAGGAAGGAGCAUGGGGGCCGCCGGGGCGCUGCGGGCUGCCCUCUGGGGCCUGUUCCUCCCGCUGAUAAGUGCCCAAGAGGGAAUCCUUCAUGCUUAUAGCAAUGACAAUCCUCUAUUAAAAAAGGACUACUGCAUAACCUAUAACCCUUCUUGGACCUUUCUUCCUAGUUCCUUAAAUAAUGCUACCCCUACAAGAUUGGCAGUCUUGACCGACAAACUGCUCUGCAAUUCUUCUGAAGUUUCACAUGAUAUCAUGAAGGACAAGGCGGCUGCAGUGAAGAGAGGGAACUGCACAUUUUUGGAGAAGGCUUGGAUUGCUCAGAGCCUUGGUGCUAAAAUACUGCUGAUUGCCAGUGGGACUGGUCUAAGUACUCCUUCAGGUGACAGGACCGUGUAUAAAAAUCUCAGCAUUCCAGUUGCACUUAUCUCUAAUGAGGAUAUUCUUGACAUUAAUAAGGUUCUUGGAAAUAAUGUUAAUGUAACGUUGUAUUCACCACCUUUGCCAGAGUUUGACUUCAGUAUGGUAGUCAUAUUUCUCAUUGCUGUGCUCACUGUGGCAGUGGGAGGCUUUUGGAGUGGAAUGGAAGAGCUAGAGGAAUUGAAGGCAGCUGCAAGCUCUGAAAACAGAGAAGUUUCAAGAAAGAGUUCAGAAAGUAUCAUUUUCAGCCCUGUGAAAGUUAUCGUAUUCGUUGUCCUCUCUUGCAUUAUGUUAGUCUUGCUGUACUACUUCUACAUAUGGCUAGUAUACGUUAUUAUUGCCAUAUUCUGCUUGGCAUCUGCAAUAAGCCUGUACAACUGUCUUGCUGUACUAAUAAGAAAAAUAUCUUUUGGCCAAUGCAGGCUUGCUUGCUGCAACACAACCUUUGAAGUGAGACUCAUUUUCCUUGCUGGAUUUUGCAUCGCAGCAUCUUCAGUUUGGGUUGCGUUUCGGAAUGAAGACAGCUGGGCUUGGAUUUUACAAGAUAUCUUGGGAAUUGCUUUCUGCCUGAACUUUAUUAAAACUCUCAAAAUGCCCAACUUCAAGUCAUGUGUUAUUCUUCUAGGUCUUCUCCUUGUGUAUGAUGUAUUUUUUGUCUUCAUCACGCCAUACAUUACUAAAAGUGGGGAAAGUAUAAUGGUUGAAGUUGCCACAGGUCCUUCUAAAAACAGUGAAAAGAGUUAUGGAAACUUGCUGGAAGCCUCUUCUGAGCGGUCAGCUCCUCAUGAGAAAUUGCCAGUAGUAAUGAGAGUGCCCAGGCUCCAACUCUGCACACCGAUGAUAUGCGGCAUGCCGUUUUCGCUACUUGGGUUCGGUGACAUUAUUUUACCAGGUCUCCUGGUGGCCUAUUGUCACAGGUUUGAUGUUCAGACAAGCUCUUCCUCUGUGUAUUAUAUUUCCUGUUGUGUAGCCUACGCCGUUGGCAUGUUGCUCACGUUUCUGGUUCUGUCACUGAUGGAGAUGGCACAACCAGCCCUUCUUUACUUGGUGCCCUGCAUCCUUGUCACCAGCGCACUAGUGGCUUGGAAGCGCAAAGAGAUGAAAAAGUUCUGGGAAGGCAACAAUUACCAGGUGAUGGAUCCUGCAGAUUUUGCUGCUACUGAAGAAAACUCCACGUUAUCCAGUGAUCAAUGUGGAGGACAGUAACUGGUGGGCACCCAAAAUGAUGUAUCAAGAUUUUUCUACGCAAAUAAUAGAAAACGGUUUGAUUUUUAAAUUUGAAUAUUUCUUACAAUUUGUUACGAAGAAAAUUGCCUUGUUUUUACACUUGCACAUAUAUUUUUGUGAAAAGUAUACAGUUAUUGAUGAUAUCAGAAUGCAUAAAAUGUGCUGUUUUUCAGCUGCUAGAAUAUAUUCAAUAAACCUGUGCCUUUGCCUAUGAAAUUGAUAUUGUUUGUACGUAUCAUCUCAAACGCUGCCAUGUACCAGGCUUUCUGACUAAUGCUUAAAAGAUUUUUUUUGCUGCAGAUUGGCAAGAACUAGAAGUGUCUCAGAGUUUCUGGCAAUAAAUGCAAAACUAUGCUUGGACUAUAGGUAACAAUUCAGUUGAACGAAACACUGGAUUGCCAAGAAUGACACAAAAUGGUAGAGAGAUGAGUGGUUAGUUUGCCGUAGCUGUGUUUUAACACAGUUAAUGCUCUAUCCUUUCAAGCAGCUUUAUUUUCUCUACCCAGUUGUAUGAAGACCAAGCACUUUGUAGUUGAAAAGCAUUAAACAGAGAGUAGAUGAGGACAAAGAAAACAGAAGAUUGUUUUCCUCUUUAAAAAUUGAAUUUCCAUGAUAGGGAUGCUGUUUAGCUCUUAUUUCACCAAAGACACAGAGAGGUGACCUACGGCAGUUACUAUAUUGCUACGAAUAAAGAGCUUCCCUUUCUUGGAAUUUCAAGAGAAUUUUUUACUAACAGUAACUCUUGUGAAAAACACAAACAGGGUUCUUUCCCAUGGAAGCUAAAGCCAGACCUCCUUUUUGACAUGUUUGCUGCUGUUAUUUUGCAUGUUCCCAAUUACAUUUUUAAGCAUCUGAUAAAGAAAAUUAUGUUUUCAAUUCCACCUCCACUUUUGGAAAGGGAAGUAAAGAAAAAGCUCAAGAAUUGUGUGCCAGAUCUUUUAAGGCAGUAAUGCGUUAUAAGCCAAAGAUAUCUGGAACGACCUGCAAACAACUGACUGUUAGUAGUGCCUUAAUCAAAGCAGUAGCAGCACCUCCCACCUGUUUUUAAAAUAUAUUUCAGUACAGCAAAUGUCAGAUGGAUAAUCCAAAGAUCAGAUUCCAUUAUGAGUGGUAUCAGUCAGGUUUCUUUCCUGGACCAGAUUGUAAGGAGACCUCAAUUCUCUGUUGAAUGGAGGAAGGGGCAUAGUUUUCUAUUCUCAAAUGCAGGAACAAUCCAUUAUGUUUUAGUUAGUCAUUUCCAAUAGAGAGAUGUCCUUUUUUCAUCUGGAGCUCACCAACAAGUUGUAUCUGGGAGACGCAUCUGAAGUAAACAAGACCACAAAGCAGCUGUUAAAUCCAUUGGUUAACUGAAAACUGUUGCAUGCCUGAGAAACUUGAAGUGACAGCCCACAAACUGUCUCGUCCCAUCACCAAACACAAGGCAUUCAGGUUAUUCUUUAGACAACACGAACUACUUCAAACCCUGGCAGAUCACAAACCUGCCUAGUUUAAUCUUACAUUUCCAAUCCAUGUCGGAUUGUAUUUUACAAGGGAUCUAGUAAAGGAAUUAUUUAUCAAAACGCUUAUCAAACUGUAAAGGCCGUCUAUAUUGCUCAAGCUUUGAUGAAUAUUCUGGGGGUUCUCCUGUGGUGUGAUUGAUUUGGAAGAUGUUAAAAAUUAAGAGCAAUUGCUUGGAUUAUAGAAAAAUUGUUAAAAGUUGGAUAGUUUAGUAUCGUCUACCAAAAAGCAUACUAUUAACAUAGUUGACUACGACUGCAUUUAGAAACUUUUAUUGGAACUGAUAUAUGCUUUAAAAAUUCAGUUGGCUUUUUACAUUUAUGAGCCUUAAUAGCUAAUACAAUAGCAUAAUGGUACGAUAAUUUCAGCAUUAGUUAUCAAUACUGACAAUUACCCAUGUCACCUGUGGAACUCUGUAAAGUAUUUUUUUAAAAGAAUGUUAGAAUUUGGAACACUAUCUGGUAUUUAAUAAACUUUUUGACAAUA